CUAUUAUCAAGUGCUGCUUUUGAAACAAACCCUCACUCUCUCUCUCUCUGGGUGCUUGCUAGUGCUAACUUGCCAUCCCGGAAGGAAGUACCAAGAGAUAUGCCUGGCGAAGUUGCAGUAGAGGAUUCAAAGGUUCCUCUACUAGGAGAUCAUUUUAGUCCGUUUAGUCCGAAACCUGUGGAAGAUGAUCAAGAUCAGAGUCUUACGAGAAGGGUUUGGAUUGAAUCCAAGAAACUAUGGCAGAUAGUGGGUCCUGCAAUCUUUAGUCGCCUUACCUCUUACUCUAUGCUUGUUAUUACACAAGCUUUUGCAGGUCAUUUGGGUGACCUAGAGCUCGCAGCCAUUUCCAUUGCCAAUAACGUCAUUGUUGGCUUCGAUUUUGGUCUCUUGUUGGGGAUGGCUAGCGCAUUGGAAACAUUAUGUGGGCAAGCUUUUGGUGCAAAAAAAUACUACAUGUUGGGUGUGUACAUGCAGCGUUCAUGGAUAGUAUUGUUCUUGUGCUGUGUUCUACUUUUGCCUCUAUAUCUCUUCGCUUGUCCUGUGUUGAAGCUAUUGGGACAGCCCCAAGACGUAGCAGAGCUUUCUGGCAGGGUUUCCGUUUGGAUGAUACCACUUCACUUCAGCUUUGCUUUUCAGUUCCCGUUGCAGAGAUUCUUGCAAAGCCAGCUUAAGAAUACAGUAAUUGCAUGGGUGUCCUUAGUGGCUUUGUUGGUGCAUGUGAUUCUGAGUUGGCUGUUUGUUUACAGGCUUCAGCUCGGAGUAAUUGGCACUGCCAUGACUCUGAACUUUUCUUGGUGGGUUCUAGUGUUUGGGCAUCUGGGUUACACUAUUUGUGGUGGCUGUCCUCUCACAUGGAAUGGGUUCUCUACCGAAGCCUUUUCUGGUCUCUGGGAAUUCACCAAACUCUCUGUAGCUUCUGGGGUCAUGCUAUGCUUGGAGAAUUGGUAUUACAGAAUACUCAUAUUGAUGACUGGAAAUCUGAAGAAUGCAGAGAUUGCUGUAGAUGCCUUGUCCAUAUGCAUGACCAUAAAUGGCUGGGAGUUGAUGAUUCCUCUUGCAUUCUUUGCAGCCACCGGAGUAAGGGUUGCUAAUGAGCUUGGAGCAGGAAAUGGGAAGGGAGCAAAGUUUGCAACAGUGGUGUCUGUGACAACAUCAAUUAUAAUGGGGCUUAUCUUCUGUGUAUUGAUCAUGAUUUUCCAUGAUCAGCUUGCCUGGAUUUUCACUACCAGUGUACCAGUCCUUAAUGCAGUAAGUCAGCUCUCUGUUCUCCUAGCUUUCACUGUUUUGCUCAACAGCGUUCAGCCCAUUCUCUCAGGGGUUGCAGUGGGAUCUGGUUGGCAAAAGUAUGUGGCAUAUAUUAACUUGGGCUGCUAUUAUUUGAUUGGGAUUCCACUGGGAUUCUUGAUGGGUUGGCUCUUUCACUUGGGAGUAAGGGGAAUUUGGGCUGGAAUGAUUUUUGGUGGGACAGCAAUUCAAACAUUGAUUUUGGCCAUAAUUACCAUUCGAUGUGACUGGGAGAAGGAGGCAGAGAAAGCAGCAUUGCAUUUGAAGAAAUGGUCGGAAGUAGAGUAAAAGUAAAAAGAUGAAUUGUUUUGUUAUUACUAAGUGAUCUCUCACUUCUAAUGGCCGAUUGAAUUUUGAUUUGGCAAUCAAAAUUCAAUUUCUGUUAACAUAUGUGCUGCCUACUAUAAUCUGAUAAUUUAGAAAUUAUUAAAUUACAA